CUGGUAAACUGUAGAAAUAAAAUUAUUCUCGAAAGGUUGGUAGUUAUUUCAGAAAAUCUAUUUUUGUACACAGUUUGUGUGUUCUUCCAAGAAGUUUUCAAACUGACGGCUUGUAUCUUGCUGGUCUUAGAAGUCUCUAGUUUUAGAGCGUUUAAGCUGAUGUAUAAAGAAGUGUUUGUAAAUUGGAAGGAUACUUUAAAAGUAUGCGUACCAGCGGGAAUCUAUGUUAUACAAAAUAAUCUUCUCUACGUUGCCGUGGCUAAUCUGUCAGCUGCUGUUUAUAUGGUAACCUAUCAGCUGAAAAUCUUAACGACUGCAUUGUUUACUGUACUGAUACUGCGACGACGACUCUCGAUGUUGCAGUGGAUUGCCUUGAUAUUUCUUUUUGCCGGAAUUGCCAUGGUUCAAGUGGUAUGUGACCUUAGAAAUAAGCAUUUUUGCGAUUUUGGAACGAAAUACCUUUUCUUGACCGUUAGUCGUUCAGGUUUUGCGGGAAUUUAUUUCGAAAAAAUCCUGAAACAGCGACGGGAAGUAUCUGUAUGGUUGCGGAAUGUGCAGCUUGCAGCUAUUUCACUUCUUCCUGCUACAGUAACGAUAUUUGCAAAAGAUUACAAUAAUGUGACGGAAAAGGGUUUCUUUGUUGGCUUCGACUUAGCCGUUUGGGGAGUUGUUUCACUGGGAGCAUUCGGUGGUUUGUUGGUGGCAGUUGUGAUCAAAUUUGCUGACAACAUUUUGAAAGCAUUUGCAACUUCGUUUGCCAUAAUUUUGGCCUGCAUAGUGUCAGUGAUAUUUUUCAAUUUUAAACCUGGAUACAAGUUUAUCUUGGGUGCAACGUUAGUCAUCGGCGCUGUGUUCGUAUAUGGGGCAUUCCCAUAUAAGAAGAAGUACGAGCCGGCUGCUACUGAACCGCCACCACCAUAUAAGGAGAAUGAGGAAGAAAUGAAGGAGAGCAAUGCGGAGGAAUUGGAAAAUACAGACAAAAUCAAAGAUACAAAGUUGCCAGUUUAA